CACUCAAUAUAAUAAUGGAAGACAUAUUUCAUUUUUUUUAUAUUUAAAUUUACAUUAUAAAAGGAACUCAUCCUAGUUAUUUUCCACAUAUAGUUGCAGAUAUGGAGUGCAACAGUAUGAGAAUCUUGUUCAUAUUUCUGCUCUCAGUUACUCCCUUGAUUAGUUGUGCUGCAAUUGGAGAAGAAGUUGCAAGUAAUGAAAAUGAUCAUGUUCCUGUUAAUCAUCAUCAUGAUCAUGGUCAUUCAACACCUCACAUCGACCAUUCUGUACAAGCAUUCUUCACCCCUGAAGACCUUAAAGAAGGAAAUGUAAUACCAACUAUGUUUCGAGGUCGAUACCCGUCUUCGAGUUCUCCUCGUUUACUUCCUAGGGAAGAAGCUGAUUCAAUACCUUUCUUACACUCUAAACUCCCUUAUCUUCUUCACCUCUUCGGCUUCGCUCAAGCUUCGGCUCGAGCGAAUGCCGUUGAAGAAACCCUAAGACAAUGCCUAAUCGACAAACCGAUCCAAGGAGAAACUAAGACCUGUGCUACCUCCUUAGAGUCUAUGCUCGAUUUUGUGCAACAAAUCUUUGGUUCAUCAACCAAAUUUAAGGCCUUGAGUACUAAAACUUUCGCAAAAUCUGGAACAGGGAGUAAUAUUAUACAAAACUAUACCAUAACGAAGGAACCUAGACAAGUACCAUCUCCGAAAAUGGUUGCUUGUCAUACAUUGCCGUACCCAUAUGUAGUGUACUAUUGUCAUCACCAAGAAAGCGAAAGUAAGGUGUUUAAAGUUUCAUUAAGGGGUGAAGUAAAUAACAAUAUUGUGGAAGCUAUUUCUGUAUGUCAUCUGGAUACCUCUCAAUGGAGUCCGAAUCAUCCGUCGUUUCAAGUUUUGGGACUCAAACCUGGUUCAUCUCCAAUUUGUCAUUUCUUUCCUGCUGAUAAUCUUGUUUGGGUGCCAUUAUUUGAUACUCAAGACUUAGGUUAUAAGGUUUUAAGUACUUAAAUAUAUGCUUUUCUACUAAUCACUGUUUGGAAUUCAUAAUAAGUACUAAGUAAGUGAUUAGUUAUUUGGAAUAUAUUAUUGCUACUAUGAAGUUGUGAAGUUAAAAUAAAGUUAUGUAAAUGUUGUCUCUCUAA